AUAUACGAGGAAGAAGUGAAUCAUAACUCACGAGGAGGAGUCGCAGCCUACAGCCACAUCCAGUGUGUGAACGCCGACAACAGAGCACCCACACCUGAGUGCAGCUUCAUCCUCUAGUUUGAGAUUCUAUAUCACAGUUCGUUUAGCGCUUCCAUGUUUAUUUCUUGAUUUUUUUUUUUGCUAGUUUUUUUUCCCUGGAUGAUACUUUAAUAAGAAAAAUAGAUACUUUUUUCAACUGAGGUGAGAAAAAGAGCGCGUGGUUAACUUUGAGGUACAAGCACGCGCGUAGAUGGCUGCCCUGAUCAGCGCGUACUCGUCGUGGCCGGAGUCCUUCGAGUGUUCCGCGGGGGACGCCGACGACGGCUCGGCCGACGGACACGGCGCCCACAACAGGACUCCGGCGGAGAAGGCGUCGGAGCCGCGCAUCAGACGGCCCAUGAACGCUUUCAUGGUGUGGGCGAAAGAUGAGCGCAAACGCCUGGCUGUCCAGAACCCGGAUCUGCACAACGCAGAGCUCAGCAAGAUGUUAGGCAAGUCGUGGAAGGCCCUGACCCCUCUGGAGAAGAGGCCGUACGUGGAGGAGGCCGAGCGGCUGCGGGUGCAGCACAUGCAGGACUACCCCAACUACAAGUACCGGCCGCGGCGCAAGAAGCAGCUGAAGAGGAUCUGCAAGCGCGUGGACCCCGGCUUCCUGCUGAGCGGCCUGGCCCCCGACCAGAACGCCCUGCCGGACCACCGGCUGCUCUGCCACCCGCACCAGGACAAGGACGAUGGGGGUCUUCACGGCGGCGCGGUGGGCUUCCCGUCCCAGGGCUCGGUGCUGCCCGGGGUGCGCUCCUUCAGGGACGCGGCCGGGAGCAGCAGCAGCAGCAGCUUCGACACCUACCCCUACGGCCUGCCCACCCCUCCGGAGAUGUCCCCCCUGGACGCCAUGGAGCACGAGCAGCACCUCCCCCUGUCGUACUACCCGGCGCCCGGCCGCCAGGGCUCCUCCUCCUCCGGCGGCGACGACCGGCGGCAGAACCCGAACCAGGCCCCCUCCCACAUGGGCAGCCCGCCCCCCUACCACACCGACUACACCCAGGCCCAGUACCACUGCGGGGGGCCGCACCUGAGCCACCUGCCCCCCAACCACAUGUCCCAAACGAGCGGCGGCGGUGGUUCCACCCUCCUCACCGGACCCCCGUUGUCCUACUACACCACCACCUCCUCCCCCCCCCUCCUCCUCCUCCUCCGCCUCCUCCCCUUCCUCUUCCUCCUCCUCCACUUUCUCCCAGCUGCACCACCAGGGGCACCCCCACCACCAGGGGCAACCCCACCUCCACCAGCUCCACCACCACCACCACCACCACCUCCAGCACCACCAGCACCACCAGCACCACACCCUGGGACAGUUGUCCCCGCCGCCCGAGUCCCACGGCGGGAACCUAGAGACCCUGGACCAGCUGAGCCAGGUGGAACUGCUGGGCGAGGUGGACCGGGACGAGUUCGACCAGUACCUCAACUCCAACGGCGGCGGCUUCCUCCACCCCGAGCACCCGGGCGCCACCAUGACGGUCACGGGACACAUUCAGCUGGCGCCGUCCUCCGUCGCCGCGGCCGCCGUGGUCGCCGUGUGUCCCAGCAACGGCGGUGGCGGCGGCAGCGGCAGCAGCAGCAGCAGCAGUAGCAGUAGUAGCGGCAGCAUCGUCACGGAAACCAGCCUCAUAUCGGUGCUCGCCGAUGCCACGGCGGCGUACUAUAACAACUACGGGAUCUCGUGAUCUGUCGUUGACGAUGCGGUAACCAUGGCUACCCCUUGUGUGACCGGCUGACAGACAGUUGAGAAGAUGGGAGGGGUUUAGGACACUGCCGGCCGGGGAUGCUGGUAGGAUGAAGUUGCUCUUCAAUGUUGCUGUUCAGAAGCUCUUCUUCUCUUCUUCUUCUUCUUCUUCUUCUUCUUCUUCUUCUUCUUCUUCUUCUUCUCCUUCUCCUUCUCCUUCUCCUUCUCCUUCUUCUUCCUCUUCUACUUCCUCUUCUUCUAAUUUUUCAUCAUAGAGAAGUAAGAGAAGUUUCAUGGUAAUUCCAGUCGGCCUAUCUAUGGGCCACUUC